GUCACUGUAGUACAUGCGUUUUUCUUAUUGUGGUUUUGAUGAAGAUUUUUAAUUAACUUGUGACUAGUGUAGUUAGUUAUGUCAUUUGUUUGUAAUAUUAUCCAUGCUAAUGUAUUUGUAGCAUUUUAAUUGUAAAGAUGCUUAGUUGAGUAAACUUCAUUGACAACACACGACUGACAUAUAAGACGAGCUCUUAUUCUUUCCUGGCAUGUAUCAUGAACUUAGUCACAACUUACGGUUACACUUACAAGUUAUAGUAUUAAAAAGUCUGUAUCUUGUAAGUUAAGUUGUAUGACUUGUCUUGCAAUACUAUUAGUAGGUAAUAUAAUUUGUGAAGUAUGAUAGUACUUAAUAGGAUUCUGUGUGCCAGUUAUAUAUGAAUAUUUUUCUGCUAGUUUGAACAGAUUUUCUAGUUUUUAUUUUGUCGCCUUCCUCAUGUUGUCAAGUAUAACAAGCUGGUUACUCCACAGAAGAUCUUCAUAUGUAAAGCAUCUGAUAAAAAUGUGUGACUCCUACACUUGGCCAGUUCCCUCAUGUAGGAUGUUUACAAUAGCUCUUCAGACAGUAAAACAAUCACAUUUUGUAGGCAUAUCUUCAGGGCUAAUACUUGUAAGAAGGAAUAUGCCAUGCUUCUUAUGUAACAUUUAUCAGACUGCUUACUUCCACUCAUCUGACUUCUGUUUCAAAAAACGAAAAACAGGGGAAGAAAAGAAGCAUAAAAACAGCAUCCAUUUCUCACCAAAAGCAAAACGUAAAGAUGAUGUUAUUAAGAUAUGGAAGAACAUGACAGUUGCUCAACUGGCAGAAGUAACACAUAGAGAUAUUGAUGAUGUGUUUGAAGCUAUGAUUUAUGUUGAGAACUGCAACCAGCUUGACAGCCCCGACUCAGAAAUUGAUGAUAUUGGAUUAACCCAUAACAUUGCCAGAAAGUUGGGUUAUCGAUGUCAGAUAGUGGCUCCUCCUGUUGCAGAUCAUCAUAAAGAGAAACCCUACAAGGAUGCUGUUCGUCGACCACCACCUGACCCAAGCCAGCUAGUGAAGCGUCCUCCAGUUGUAACAAUUAUGGGGCAUAUUGACCAUGGGAAAACCACCUUGCUGGACUCUCUUCGACAUACCUCAGUUGUUAAAGAAGAGUUUGGAGGAAUUACUCAGCACAUAGGAGCUUUCUCAGUCAAACUUCCCAGUGGUGAGAGUAUAACAUUUCUAGACACACCGGGUCACGCUGCAUUCUUUGCUAUGCGGGCUCGUGGAGCACAUGUGACAGACAUUGUUGUGCUGGUUGUGGCUGCUGAUGACGGAGUGAUGGAGCAGACAGUUGAGUCCAUUCGUUUUGCCCGAGAAGCUGAAGUGCCCAUUAUUGUGGCGAUUAACAAAAUGGACAAACCAGCAGCAGACAUCGACAGAGUAAAGCAGGGACUUCUAGCUCAAGGGAUACAGUUGGAAGAAAUGGGAGGGGAUGUACAAUCAGUGUGUGUGUCUGCAUUACAGGGUACAAACUUGAACCUACUAACUGAUGCUCUCCUGACUCAAGCUGAGCUGGCCAAUAUUGUUGGAGAUCCCAAAGGACAUGUAGAGGGAGUGGUUCUAGAGUCAAGUCUUGAUCCAGGGAGAGGAAAAUUAUCAACUGCUUUGAUACAAAGAGGAACAUUAAGGAAAGGAGCUGUACUUGUUGCUGGGACAGCCUGGGCUAAAGUACGAGGAAUGUUUGAUGAAUGGGGGAACCAUGUUCUUGCUGCACCUCCAUCCACACCAGUACAGGUUAUAGGGUGGCGGGAACUUCCAGCAGCUGGAGAUGAGAUUUUAGAGGUUGAAUCAGAGAAACGUGCCAGAGAAGUAAUUCACUGGCGAGAAGAACAACUGAAAGCUGCCAAACAGCAGGAAGAUCUUAUAGUUAUCCAAAAGAAACUAGAAGAACACCUUCAAGUAUAUAAAUCUGAAUUACAACAGAGACGUCAAGAGGGGCGAAGUCGAUCCCAUUCUAAGCCUCGUACUAAAGAAUCUAUGGACGAUGAUCCUCGGCCUAAAAUGUCUUUUGUUUUGAAAGGUGAUGUGGAUGGGUCUGUUGAAGCUAUACUAGACAUACUGGAAACGUACCAUUCUCAUGAUGCUUGUCGUCUUGAUUUGAUACAUUAUGGUGUUGGGACUGUUACUGAGAGUGAUGUCGAAUUAGCCAAAGCCUUUAAUGGCAUUAUUUAUUGCUUUAAUGUAAACAUCUCAAAACAAGUUCAAGUCCUUGCACAAGAGAAGAAAAUCAAAGUCAAAGAAUUUAAAGUGAUUUAUCAGUUAAUUGAUGACAUUAAGGAGAGUAUCAAUGCUCAGCUCCCUCUUGUGGAUAAAGAAGAUAUUUUAGGUGAGGCCAAUGUUCUGGAGGAGUUUCUAGUAACAGAAGGAAAAAAAAAGAUCCCUAUUGCAGGCUGUCGUUGUGUCAAAGGAGUCCUGAAGAAGGAUGCAAAGUAUCGUGUAAUGAGGAGAGAAGAAGUCAUCCAUGAGGGUAUACUUCUGUACUGUGUUAACAAUUGAUAAAGCUCUUCAGCCGAAUGUUGUUACAGAGUAUUUAUUUGAACUCAUUUCUAUAGUGGACUUUGUAAUUCACUUCUUUAUGUAUCAAGUUAACAGGGUAGCUAGUUAAUGUUAUGCAUAACUCGUGUUGUUUAGUUAAUGUUAUACAUAACCC